GAUAAUGCUGUGAACACCCAGCGGUUAAGGGCAAGCAGUGAAAUUGUCUAUCAGAUACACCGCGCGGACCAUUCCCAGAUUCAGUUGCUGAUGCCCGUGGACACAUCUGUGCAGGACCUGAUCUCUAUCCUGGAGGAGGAUUGUGUGGACCAAGGGGGACACGUUAUGGUGCAGCUGAGCUCAGCUGGGGACAUGGUGGAACUGAGGCCAAAUGAUCGAUGUGUUUAUACAUCAAUGGGGCUGAACGAUCGUCUCUACUUCUGUACCAGAGAACAGAGAGAAACACUGGCUCCACACCCAGAGCAGCAGCAGCCAAGCUCAGGUACCCACACAACCCUAGAGGUCUUCAGCUCCAAGGAACUGGCCAAUCACCUGACCGAGUAUGACUGGGAGCUCUUCAACUGUGUCCAUGAGGUGGAGUUGAUCCGCUACAUCUUCGGGGAGCGAGCGCCUGCUGGUGGAACCACGGCCAAUCUGGAGAGGUACCUGCAGAGGUUCAACACCAUCCAGUACUGGACAGCCACUGAGAUCUGCCUGUGCCUUGACCUGGGGAAGAGAACCCUGCUGCUCAAGAAGUUCAUCAAAAUGGCAGCCUGGUGA